AUGAGGGGGAGGCCAAUCCGGAGGCCAAUCGAUGAGGAUCUGUUCGAUCCAGAAGCAACCGCCGUCGAAGAAACAGAACAGUUUGUUUUGGGUUCUCCAUUACAACAAAUCGAGUCUACGCAGGAUGUAGAGUCACUGAUCGUAGGGGGUCAUUUGAUCAACAUAACGGACGUUCCAUGGCAGGUUUCGGUUCAAAUCUACGGCUCCCACCUCUGUGGAGGUUCGAUAGUGUCCGAAAUCUGGAUUCUCUCAGCAGCGCAUUGUUUUACGAAGGGUCCUAGAUAUUACACCGUGCGUGCUGGCUCUAACGCCAAUGAUGAAGGUGGUCAGUUAAUUCAAGUGCUGUAUUACAUAAUUCAUCCGGAGAACAUCGAUUACACGAUUUCGUUCGAUUUGGCACUGGUCAAGUUGAAGCAAGAGCUACAAUUUCAAGAGAACGUUCAGCCCAUUGCUCUGAGUUCAGAAGAGCCAGCUGACGGAUCGAUGGGUUUGGUCUCGGGAUGGGGUGACACCUUUGCUGAAAAUGAAUCAACUGAAUUUCUUCGUGCCGCCGAGGUACUGAUAGUUGAUCGUGAGACUUGUUAUGAAGCAUACGUCAAUUGGUGGGAAAUCACUGACAACGAGAUCUGUGCGGGCAAUAUUGAGGUGGAAGGAAUCGGUGCAUGUUACGGCGACAGUGGAGGCCCCCUAGUUGUCGAAGGCAAGCUAGUUGGUGUAGUGUCAUGGGGCUUUGGCUGUGGCCUGCGAGGUUUUCCCGGUGUCUACGGAAAUGUGGCAGCUGCGUAUGACUGGAUAAUGGAAUCUACCAAGACCGCUUGA